AUGGCUCGAUCAAAGGAGCUUACACCUACCCUGCGCGCUCGCAUAUGCGAACUGCACGAUAUUGGCUGGGGUUAUCGCCGCAUUCAGAAGCGAUAUCCCUGGAUUCCCCUCUCGACGGUGCGAUAUACGAUUAUCAAAGAGGCAGAGAGACGUGACGGUGUCUCGAAGCCACGCAAAGGCCGCCCAAAGAAGCUUACUGAGGCUGAUAAAGAGCGAAUUAUCAAGGUUAUCGAUGAGAACCCUCGCGUUACCUAG